AUGCUGCUCUUCUGCCCAGGCUGUGGGAACGGGCUGGUUGUGGAGGAGGGUCAGCGCGGCCACCGCUUCGCCUGCAACACCUACUCCUGCACGCACAACAUCACCCACAAGGUAGUAAGUCGGAAGUACCCAAAACUGAAAGAAGUGGAUGAUGUGCUUGGUGGAGCAGGUGCCUGGGAGAAGGCUGACUCUGCUGCAGAGCUGUGUCCCAAGUGUGAGCAUCCUUGUGCCUCGUUCAUGCAGCUCCAGACCUGCUCUGCAGAUGAGCCCUUGACCACCUUCUACAAGUGCUGCAAUGCCCAGUGUGGACACCGCUGGAGGGACUAGGGCCAGGAUGGCCCAGCUGCACCAGCAUCUACUC